AUGACGGACCUACUAAAUUCACCAACAAUCAAGUCGGGUAAUGUUCUCGCUCUCCUCGACGCUCUAUACACAUCAGGCUUUGCAAUGACUUCACCAACGAUACCAUUACUUAAAGGAAGAACUAUGCACACUUUAUAUGCCAUCUCAUUUAUUGUGUAUGUAUCAAACUGUAUGUGUGAUUGGUUUCAUGUAUGGGGCCUUGUCACUUCAUUUCCGCUUAAGAAUUGGCUUGUAGUUUCACUAGUGGCGUCGGUUGUUGCCGGUUCUAUGCUCACUUGGUUACUUUUGGUGUUGUGCAUGGAAAAUGCGUUUGUGCACAGACUUGGAGUUACACCUUAUCGUAGCGGAUGCUCAUUGAUUUGGGAGGCAUUAGUCGAAUGGAUCCAGGCGUUCAACAAUUUUCGUGUGGCGUUCCUCAUCAUGCUACUUCACGACGCUCCCAUCACACUUCUGAAUUUCUUCUUCGUGGCUUCGUGUCGCUGUGUUGGACCAGAUGUUGGUUAUUUGUAG